CCUUGCAUUGGUGGGUGGGGACGGUCAUUGUGAGCUUUCUGGACACAACUGAGACCUACAAGAUGGAUUUCCUCCGGCUACACCUCCCUGGGCUGCAUCAGGCGUUGAGGGGGGCACUGGAUUCCUUCAGUACUUUUGUGUCCUACCUCAUAGGAGAUGCGGUCCCCACGGUAGAAAGGGAGAAACAGGCAGCUGAGGAACUGGGGGAGGUGGCUACAGGAAAGCCAGGGAACACUGUGGAGGAAGAAGCCCAGGAAGCCUUGGAGUGCCUUAGAAGUGGCCAGAUCGAGAGAGUGGGAGGGCCUGGAGCAAUCAAAAGAUGCCAGGAGAAAAGUUUAGUUGGUGAGCAGACCUGUGGGUGGAGAACAGACAGCUCCUCAAGGACCCAGACAGACAAGCAGGACACUGGGGCCAGGAAAGCAGCUGAGGGUGGUGGGGGCCAGGAGCCAAAUGCCCUGUUGGAUGCUGGGAUGAGGUCUGAGGCAAGGCCUGAGACUCACAGAGACAGGAGCAGUAGAACCCAGGAGAUAUGGGAGCCUGGUGAGCAGGAAAUGAACAGAGGGGAGCCUCUGACAGUCUGGGAACAGGAGAAGGAAGAGGAGGGGGAAGAGGUCUGGGCAACAGACCCAGAGAUGGUCAGGGGGGUGGAGUCACAGCCAACCUGGCGCAGGGAGCUUGAGGGUAAGAUUGGUAUUCAUGGACAGAAGGUAACAGAGGACAGCAAGGAAACAGAGUGGGUGGCCAAGGAGGGUCCUGCAGAAGCUAAGGAGCCUGGGGUCAAAGGAGCUGACAGCGAAGAAGAGAGGAUGAACCUGGUUAGGAAUGACCAAAGUUCAGGGGCACAGGAGGUACAGGGCCCAAGGGCAGAGUCUAAAGACUGGGCAGCCUCAGGCAGGGAGAAGGCUGACAUCCUAGGAGUCCAGGAGACAGAAUAUUGGCCAGGCACUGAAGAAAGCAUCCCAGAAGCUACUGGGAGAGUCUGGGUCCUAGAAGAGGCCUGCAAGGGAGACCAGGAAGAGGAGGUAGAUGAGAAGAGAGAGGCUGAAGAAAGACUUCAGGCCCAGUCCCUGGAGCCUGAGAGAACUGAAGAGGCCGCUGAAGGCCAGACAGCUUGGAGGGAGUCUGUGGGAGACCAGGAGACAGGGGAGGGCUUUGAGGACAAUGAAAGUCAAGACUCAGCCAUCAGGGUUAAUGGGGUGGGUCUAGAAGAAGGGAUGCAGGCCGAGGAGGCUCCCAGGGAGAAAGGAGGCUACUGGGUCAAAGAGGUUUCAUUAGCCCUGGUCAAGGAGGCUGAAGGUAAGCUUGAUUCAGCGGCAUCACCAGAAGCCAGGCCUGAGGAAUUAUUUAUGGGCAUAAGGAGUGAGGAGACUCAAACUAGGCAAAAGGUAUUGAUGGUGAAGGUUACCGAAGGGCAGGAGCCUGAACUGUUGGGAGGUGUGCAUACCUCGACAAAGCAACCUGAGGAUGGACAAGAGGGUCAGGAGACUGAGAGAGCUCCAGGCCUGAGCACAGAGGAGACACUAAGAAGCUUGGAGGAAUAUCCCAGCCCCAUGGAGUCUCUAGGUCCUGAGGUAGAAACCUGGAGAAACUGGAGAAGGGAUGUAGACAGCAGAAAUACCCAGGAGGGGUAUUCAGCUGAUGCUGAAGUAAGGGAGGAAGAGGCUGUAGCAGGCCAGGCAGUGGAAGUCCAGACUGAACGAGGCCAGGAGUCCCAACUGCCAGAAGUCCCAGGGUGGAGAGCAGAGGAGGGACUGACCUCCAUAGCUAUGAACCAGGAACUGGAGGAAAGCCAGGGGUCAGAGACAGGGACAAGCCAAUCACUGGGAGGAUCUGAGGCCACCGAAAACAAGGCUAGUGAGGGGGAGGCUGCAGUGCCUUGGGAGAUAGCUAGCACAUACACAGGAGGCAGGAAGCUAGAAGAGGAAACUCUGAGCCUUCAGGACAGUGAGGAUGCACAGACCAGUUCUUUGGCUGCUGAGACUAUCCCGAGUGUCAGGUCUGCUGGAGCUGGGGAAGGGCCAGAAUGGGAGACCGGGGUGACUUGGAAGAGGGAGUCUGGGACAGGCUGGCAUUCCAAAGGCAGAGAGGAGGCUGCAGGAGGCAUAGAGCUGGAGGAGGCUACAGAGAACCGAAGUGAGCAAGAGGCUGGUUUGGAGGGCUCAGCAGAGGAGGGGGUGACUGGUCACAGUGUCAAAGAAAUUGGUAAGAUUAGAAAGGAAGAGAAGGCAGAGGUGGGGACAUCUGUAGUGGCAGAAGAAAUCAGUGGUGUGACCUCAGGCUCCCAGGAAGAGAGAACAGAGGGGUUCAGAGCCACUGUGGAGACUGAAAGGCUCUUGGGAGAGCAGAUGCUUUUGGAAGAUGAGGCUGGGGGAGGGCAAGAGGGAGAGUGGAGGGACCAUCACCUUGAGGGAGAGGCACAAAAGCUGCAAGAUGUGGAGGAUGUCAUGAGUGAAGGCCAGAGGCCAGAGAUCCAGGAGACUGAUCCAGAAGGCCCGGAGGACACCCCAGGCCAGGAGAGACAGCAGAAACAACAGGUCCCUACAGUGGCUGUGCCUGGCCUCCCUGAGUCUGCUGAGGCCAUGGCAAGUGCCCCAGGGGAUGCUCACAACGACUGGAGUGAGGCCCUGCUCCCUGGGUCCCGCCUGGAUGUCUCUGUCCCUCGCAGCCGCGUGCUUCUCUCACGAAGUUCCUCACAGCGACGUUCUCGGCCCUCUUUCCACCGAACCCCUGCCCCUGAGCAGCAACACAACCCUCCCAGCCUCCAGCCCCAGCAGCUACCUCUUCAGCCAGAGGAAGCCCUAGAGGCAAGCCCUACAAGGCCUGAAGGGACUCCAGUGCCAGCCAAGAAAAAGCCCCUCGGACAUGGGUUUGGCCUCGCUCAUUCUGGCAUGAUGCAGGAACUACAAGCCCGACUGAACCGGCCAAAGCCCCAGUGACUGAGUCCUGAUCCCCUAUGAGCCAGGCCCUGCGAGAGGGUCAGAAGUCACUGCUCGACCCUGGUCACCCUUAACCCUCUCAGCCACUGGGAACACAUCUUUUUCACUCUCUGGGCCUCAGCAAAACCAGAUGUUUGUAAGACCUUGAAUGUAAGGAGUCUGAUUUCCCAAAGAAGGCUGGUGUCCCCCGCCCUGCUGGGAUACCUCUCAUGGAUCCUGGCCCUGACCACCUCUGCAAAUUGUCUUUGCUGCUCAGAAGACUACAACAAAGACAAGGUUGGCGACUCUUCUCCUUAAAUCUUCCCUCCAUGACCGCCCUCCCCCAUUGCCCAUAAUACUGGAGAACCACAGAGAGGUGUGUAAGAUAACACACCUCUGAGGUGGAAGCCAGGCUAAAGAAAAGGGAUUCAAAGGGCUGAUAACCAGUUGGAAUCAAUGGCCCACGGGCUUCAGGCCAGCUGCUUUGAGUUUCCAGAAUAGUAGCUCAGCCUCAGAAUUCUGCUGGUUACUAUUUCCUAGGAAUCCCUAAGAAUACAGGAGCAAAGACAGGUUCUAGGUAGCCAGAGGAUGCUGACUCUAUCCCAGGUUAUCAUAAUCCUUGGGUGUCAGGCUUUCCUUUUGUGUGAAGAUGCUGAGGCACAAAGGGAGUGGGAGGGCUUUAUUAGGUAGCCAGCAUGGUGGCCUAACUCAAGAAUGAAACAAUAAAUAAACCAUCAUUUCCUAAAAAAUAAAUAAAUAUCCAAGAAAUAAAUAUCUGGCAAGGACUGGAGGGGUUUUAAGUUAUUGUGCCGGGUCUGGGGACUGGUGGAGCACUGCCUGGUCUGAGGCAAAUGAGCUAGAGGCUGUCCUGUCAAAGACUCCAGUCUUAGAGUUCUAAUGGGUGAGAGAAGGAAGCUAAAGGGUCACUC